GACUGGAUAUCCGCAAAGGAAUAGAGCAAGUGCGUCACCUUGUCUGCGGGAAUGUCUGCCGGUUGAUAGUUCGCCCCGUAGACGCCCCUGAAGCAAACAAUUAGCACGGGAUACCUUGGAUUCCUCCAGAGGUAGGUGGAUUCCAUGAAAACGUACCAAUUUGUAAAGUACAAGACAUUCCUGUAUCCCGAUGCCGGGGUGCCGGUGCCGGUGGCAGGCGGAGACACGACGCCCGUGCUGGACACCCGUACUGUCGAUAGGGAGGAUGGGGUAGCGGCAGCUGAAGAAGCCGCCGCCGAUGUUCUCACUGACGAGGAAACGACGGGUACCCCCGCCGAGGUCGUCGGGGAAGCAAGGCGAGAGGAAGUGAGAAAGGAGGAGGAGACGGUGAUGGCCGUCCCCGAGGGUGAAGGAAGUGACACCGCGGGCGGACUUGUCGGCACGGCCGUCGUCCCCGCCGCCUGGGAGGUGGGUAUCGUGACUUGGGUGGUGGACACCACCGUCCCCGGCUUCCCGCACGUCGGGCGUACCGAGCGGCGCUCGUUUACUGGCACCGCGCCGGCGACGGAAGCCAGAGCGGCAAGGAGAGGUAGGAGGAGCGUUGAUCCGAUCAUGAUGGGCAAAACAGCUUCAGCACACGGUGAAUGGAGAAGGCUGGUUUCUACCUUGUUGAUCGACAGGGGGAAGUGUAGGAAAGGGAGGAGCAAGUCAGAACGGUUUGGUGCGAAGAUGAGAGGCUCUUCUUAUUGUUUCUUGUUUCGUCGUGGUACUUGAGCCCUCCGUCCCCCUUCGACUGUUCAAAGAGGGGGGUCCGACGACGGAGGGGCAUGGCGUGGAUGCUUCAUGG